UUCAUUUUCUUUCCAUGAAUAGUCAUUACCAUAACAAAUUAGCUUUUGAUUUUACAGGCACAAACACAGUUGUCAUCACUCCCUUGAAACUCUGUUACCCUCCUCUUAUUACCCUUCUAUUUAUCAGGAAGGGCAAGGAGGGCUACCCAGUAGUGUUUUCACUCAAAGAAAAAUGGGUUGUAAUAAGUUCUGGCCAGUUUUCCUGCCUUUGGCCUUGGCUGCAAUGGCAAACUUGAGUUUAAGAAAUGCAGCAACCUCAUCAAACGCUGAUCUCUUGACCCCUUCUCAUGUGGGUACUGGUCGCUUAAUUGAGGACGACACAGAGAUGUUGAUGGACUCUGAGAUCAAUCGUCGUGCGCUUGGAGAAAGGAGAGGGAGAUACAUCAGCUAUGGUGCAAUGAGGGCCAAUAAUGUCAUAUACUCGUAUGUAACCACCCCGGACAUUCCUAUUACCACAAAUGCAACAGGAGGACGAGGGCUAACCCUUACCGCCGUCGUUGCAGUGCCAUCACCCGUUGCAAGAGGUACACUCGUUAAUGAAAAAAAAAAAAUUAGUUCGUAGGACACUCAGAGAGAUCAAUGAGAGAGGAAAUAAAAGGCUUAAAUUAGGGAUAUUUGGUAAUAGUGUCAAAAGGGUAUCUUUCUCUUUGAUUCUGUAAUCGCACUGGUGUCCCUACAUGUUCUUCUUCAUUUUCAUGUCUCAACAUAUCUAUGGAGGAAGUAAAAGGCCAAAACAUUAUUUUAUGUAAACCAUGUAAAAACAGAG